GAAGGCAAGGGCGCUCCGCCCUCUGGCGUCACAGCUGUUUUCGGGGCGAGCCCUGCUUUCGACUGUCAGCUCCAUUUUGUGGACGCGCCCGUCGCGGUUGGCCGCUGGUUCGCGGGUCACCUCGCGAGCUUUGAGCCUUGGCGCCGGGUCUUCGGCAGCACGAUGAGACAUUCAAAGAGAGCCUACUGCCCGCACUGGGAAGAGAGGGACUGGGACUAUGGGAGGUGGCGGAGCAGCAGCAGCCACAAAAGAAAGAGGAGGUCCCGCAGCAGCGUUCGGCAGCGCAAGCACUGCAGGUUCGAGUCCUCAAAAGCCUCUGACAGCUAUUAUUUGGAAACCAGAUCUAUAAACGAGAAGGAUUACCACAGCCGACGUUACAUUGAUGAAUACAGAAAUGACUGCUGUGAGGGAUGGGGUUCUGGACAUUGCCGUGGAGACCGUGAAGGCAGAUACCAGAACCAUAGUAGCAAGUCCUCUGGUAGAAGUGGAAGAAGUAGUUAUAAAAGUAAACACAGGACUCAGCACAGUACUUCUCACCAUCGAUCUCAUGGGAAGAGCCAUCGAAGGAAAAGACCCAGGAGUGUAGAGGAUGAUGAGGAGGGUCACCUGGUCUGUCAGAGUGGAGACGUUCUAAGAGCAAGAUAUGAAAUUGUUGAUACUUUAGGUGAAGGAGCAUUUGGAAAAGUUGUGGAGUGCAUUGAUCAUAGAGCGGGAGGUAGGCGCGUAGCAGUAAAAAUAGUUAAAAAUGUGGAUAGAUACUGUGAAGCUGCCCGCUCAGAAAUCCAGGUUCUGGAGCACUUAAACACGGCGGACCCCAGCAGCGCUUUCCGCUGUGUCCAGAUGUUGGAGUGGUUUGAGCACCACGGUCACGUUUGCAUUGUGUUUGAACUCUUGGGGCUCAGUACUUACGACUUCAUUAAGGAAAACGGAUUUCUACCCUUCCGCCUUGAUCACAUCAGGAAGAUGGCAUAUCAGAUAUGCAAGUCUGUGAAUUUUUUGCACAGUAAUAAGUUGACUCACACAGACUUAAAGCCUGAAAACAUCUUGUUUGUGCAGUCUGAUUAUACAGAGGCGUAUAAUCCCAAAAUGAAACGUGAUGAACGCACCUUGCUUAAUCCGGAUAUCAAAGUUGUAGACUUCGGAAGCGCAACGUACGAUGACGAGCAUCACAGCACGCUGGUGUCCACAAGGCACUACAGAGCGCCCGAGGUGAUUUUAGCCUUAGGGUGGUCGCAGCCGUGUGACGUCUGGAGCAUAGGGUGCAUUCUCAUCGAGUACUACCUUGGGUUUACGGUAUUUCCGACUCACGAUAGCAAGGAGCACUUAGCGAUGAUGGAAAGGAUUCUUGGACCUCUGCCAAAACACAUGAUACAGAAAACCAGGAAACGUAAAUAUUUCCAUCAUGAUCGCUUAGACUGGGACGAGCAUAGUUCUGCCGGCAGAUACGUCUCACGGCGCUGUAAACCCCUGAAGGAAUUCAUGCUUUCUCAGGAUGCCGAACAUGAACUUCUUUUUGACCUCAUUCAGAAGAUGUUAGAGUAUGAUCCAGCAAAAAGAAUUACUCUCAAAGAAGCCUUAAAGCAUGCUUUCUUUUACCCACUUAAGAAAAAUAUCUAAUUACAUAAUUGAAUAGUUCUCUUGCAGAGAUAAUGACAGACUGUAUCAGUCUAGUUUUAAAUAUUAAGUUAUUUCACACAGCUUUGUAAAUUUCUUACAUUUUUGUAUUGGCUAUGUUUGGGAAAUUAUGUACCUAGCUAAGUAGGAAAUACUUUUCAGCAAUUACAGGAUGAUUUAUUCAGAAUAAAGUUUGUGCUUAACAAAA